UUUAAUGAAUACAGUUUUCCCACUACUCAGUAAUCCCAGCCAUAUUCUUUUUUUUUUUUAACUUUUACCUUCUUUCUUAGAAUCAAUACUAAGUAUUAGUUCCAAGGCAGAAGGCUAGCCAAUUGGGGUUUAAGUGACUUGCCCAGGGUCACACAGCUUAGAAGUGUCUGAAAUCAGAUUUGAUCUAUUCACUGAGCCACCUAGCUGCCCCUCCUACACAGUCUUUCUAUCAAAUCUAAGACAUUUCAUGGAUAAAACUGGAGGGUGAAUAAAGAAAUGUGGCUGCUUUGAUGUUUACAGAGUAUCUGUAGGGUUUUUUGUUUUUUUUUUUAAACCCUUACCUUCCAUCUUGGAGUCAAUACUGUGUAUUGGCUCCAAGGCAGAAGAGUGGUAAGGGCUAGGCAAUGGGGGUCAAGUGACUUGCCCAGGAUCACCCAGCUAGGAAGUGUCUAAGGCCUAAUUUGAACCCAGGACCUCCUGUCUCUAGGCCUGACUCUCAAUCCACUGAGCCAUCCAGCUGCCCCCGUAUCUGUAGGUUUUGAGGGAAAGUUCAAAUGUGAACUUCCCUCAGGGCUCAGCGCAAGGAUUUUCUCUGAAGUUUUUAUGUAUAAAAAUAGACUAUUUGUUGUAAAUAUAAAAGAAUAUAAGGAUAAAAACGAGUACUAUACUGCAGGGAUCUAUCUGCCCCCAAAUCCACUGGAUCCAUAGGGGUUCUCUUUCCUGUUUUCACAGGCUACACUAUCUCCCUGAUAUCUAAAUAACCCCAAAUUUUCCUUAUUUAUGCUACCUUUCACUAUAUCCUUAUAAAUUGUGAAUUUUAGAUUUACUCCACCCUGCUUCGUCUUUAGAAUUCUACUAACUAGGAAUGUAUACACCCCCACUUAAGGAUUAACUGUGAGGAGGAUGGCCCAUGACCAAUAUGUGCUGGCAAGUGACAAAUCAGAAACAACUGACAGUCCCUUGGGCUGUCCUAAGCCAAGCUUAAGCUACGAUUGGUACAUGUGAGACGCAGGAAGUGAUGUAAAGAACCGCCUAUUUAUUUCACAGCACUUCCUCUCUGGCUUGAGGGUGUGGGUAGCUCUCAGUGGAUUGGGAGCUCUGGGUGGCAUUUUGACUUUCUUGUGGUGUUUGGCCCUCUAGCGUGGUUUAGGAGAGGCGUCUUCCCUGAGCUACCUUGAUAUAGAUUACUGUGCAUAGGAGCUCAGGGAUUUAAACACUCAUGGCACAAAAAACAUUCCUGUAAAUCUAAAGAAACAGUUUCCUACUAUGACAAUGAAGAUUCCUGCCAAAAGAAUAUUUGGUGAUAAUUUUGAUCCAGAUUUUAUUAAACAGAGAAGAGCAGGACUGAAUGAAUUCAUUCAGAAUUUAGUUAGACAUCCAGAUCUAUGCAACCAUCCAGAUGUCAGAGCAUUUCUUCAAAUGGACAGCCCAAGACAUCAGUCAGAUCCUUCUGAAGAUGAAGAUGAAAGAAGUAUUCAGAAGCUACACUCUACCUCACAGAACAUCAACCUGGGACCAUCUGGAAAUCCUCAUGCCAAACCAACAGAUUUUGAUUUCCUUAAAGUUAUUGGAAAAGGCAGCUUUGGUAAAGUUCUUCUUGCAAAAAGGAAACUAGAUGGAAAAUUUUAUGCUGUCAAAGUGUUGCAGAAAAAAAUUGUUCUGAAGAGGAAGGAGCAAAAACAUAUUAUGGCUGAACGUAAUGUGCUCUUGAAAAAUGUGAAGCAUCCAUUUUUGGUUGGAUUACAUUAUUCAUUCCAGACAACUGAAAAGCUUUAUUUUGUUCUGGAUUUUGUAAAUGGAGGGGAGCUAUUCUUUCAUUUACAAAGAGAACGGUCCUUUCCAGAACACAGAGCCAGAUUUUAUGCUGCAGAAAUUGCCAGUGCUUUGGGCUACUUGCAUUCCAUAAAAAUAGUAUACAGAGACUUGAAACCAGAAAACAUUCUUUUGGACUCAAUAGGACAUGUUGUUUUAACAGAUUUUGGGUUAUGUAAAGAAGGGAUCGCUAUAUCUGACACAACUACAACAUUUUGUGGGACACCAGAGUACCUUGCACCAGAAGUGAUUAGAAAACAGCCUUAUGACAAUACUGUAGAUUGGUGGUGCCUUGGUGCUGUUCUCUAUGAAAUGCUGUAUGGGUUGCCUCCAUUUUACUGCCGGGAUGUUGCUGAGAUGUAUGAAAACAUACUCCAUAAACCUUUAAAUUUGAGGCCAGGAGUGAGCCUCACUGCCUGGUCCAUUCUGGAAGAACUUCUGGAAAAAGACAGACAAAAUCGACUUGGUGCCAAAGAAGACUUUCUUGAAAUUCAAAAUCAUCCUUUCUUCGAAUCAAUCAACUGGACUGACCUUGUUCAAAAGAAGAUUCCACCACCCUUUAAUCCUAAUGUGGUUGGACCAGAUGAUAUCAGGAACUUUGAUGCAGCCUUUACGGAAGAAAUGGUUCCGUAUUCUGUUUGUAUAUCUUCUGACUAUUCCAUAGUGAAUGCCAGUGUUUUGGAGGCAGAUGAUGCAUUCGUCGGUUUCUCUUAUGCGCCUCCUUCUGAAGAUUUGUUUUUGUAAGAGUGAACAUUCAGAAAACACCAGGAAGUAAAAACCUUAACGAUCAAAGUGACAUUUUUCUAUAUGGGAAAAUAUUCCAAAAUGCGUCUUAACUAGUGCCUCAUUUUUAUAUGUAAAGUUGGGAUCUUUGAAACUUUUCUCUGCUGUACAUGGAAAAAAAAAUAGGGCAUUUCAGAAAGUUGAAUGCUUUGUUACUCUUAAGAUUAUUUUUAAAGAAAUAUUUUACAAACUAUUCUUAACAUUGACCUGUUGUUAAGCAAAAAAUAAAAAGUUUGCUGUUGACUGUUGUUUUUCCUUAUAGGUUUUCACUAGUAUCUAUCCAGAAUUAGCUGUUUUCAAUAGCUACAGCAGUUUAAUAUAAUGCUUUUCAGUUCAGCACAUCAUCCCCAUAGUGAUUUUGAGUGUAAUGUUAUAACUAUGCAAUUAUUUUUUGUAUUUGUUAUUGGAAAGGAAAUAACAUUGCCAUAUUAAAUCACUGAGAUCUGAAGUACUUGACAGUAUUAAAAUGAAAAUGCAUUAGUUAACAAGACAUGUUGGUUUAUAGCUAAUUUUAAUGACCUUUCAUUCUGCAGAUCUCUAAGCAUUAAAAAAUUGAAAAUCCCUUGUCUCUAACACACUGGCAUUCAAAUUGGCGUGUGAUUUUUUUUUUCCAUACAAGAAACAGAAAAUAAAUUGCUAAUAUUUCUUAAACAUUCCAAAGAUGUCAUGGGCAGGACAAGUAUUAUAGAUUUUGUGUAUGUGAUACUGAAAUAAUCUUUUUUUUCUGCACUGUAUCAUGCAUUUAAAAUUUGUAUUUGUGUUUUCAGAUUGUUAGUGUUUUGUCUUCUUCAUCUUUAGUACAGUAUGCAUUCAUUCUGAAAUUUGGUAUUUGCUUUGCAAAUAUGUAAAUAACUUUUCAAAGUCAUUGUCUUAAUAUAUUACGUGUUAUAUACUAGUAUUAAAAGUUUUAAAAUACUCAUGUAGGGACAGCAGGUGUUCAGUGGAUAAAAAGGCAGGCCUGGAGACUGGACCUGGGUUCAAAUCUCAUCUCAGAUACUCCCUAGCUGUAUGACCCUGGGCAAGACACUUAACCCCAAUUGCCUAGCCUUUUUUUAUGCUUUUUUGCUGUGGAACUGAUAUAUAGUAUCAUUAUGAGACAGCAAGUAAGGCUUUAAAAAAAAAAUCAUGCCAACUAAUUUGUAAAACACACAUAAAUACUCAUGUAAUUAUAAACUUCAAUUUUUUUCUGUAGUUUACUGUAUCAAUUCCAAAAGCAUUUUUAGAAUAAUGUUAUCAUAUGCAAUUUAAUAAUUAUGCUAAUUUAGCCUUCAUUUAUUUUAGAGAAGCACAGAGAAUUUACCCAUAGCUGUUGAUUUUUGAUCACUUGUAAUUUCAGCACAACUUAGUAUAGAUCCCAAAAAACUAGAAAAUACUGCUUAGAAGCCUGAAAUCUCAUUAUCAGUUAGGAAGACUCUUUAAAUCUUGCAAAAAAUUCCUCUCAAAGUAUAUGAGAAACAUGGUUUAUGAAAGAGCUAAUAGCACACCAGUUUAGAUUCUCUUAACUAAACAUUUUUUUCCAAAUUUUUUCUUUGAAACAGUAAUCACAAAAGUAUUAUUAACAUUCAUUUAAAAAGCAAUCCUGUAGAAUGAAAAGGAGGAAAAAAUUCAAAGUAAUAGUAUAAGCGUUCCUAAAAACUAAUUGCUUUUGAACACUGUUUUCCUAUAAAAGUAAUAAUUUAGUUACGACACUGUCUGUAAAUAUUUCUUUUGUCUGACACUAUUGUAAAUUCUCCUUUACAGAAAAGUUUUUUGUUUAUUAUAGAUCAAAAUGAAAACUGCCACAUUUUGCAGAAUUUGUAUUGAUUUGGCCACUCUUUAAAAAAUAAACUGCCUAAAAUUAAAGUGCAAUAUUAUGUAUUUUUAAUAAAAGGUAGAAUUCUAAUGUUUUUCCAAUUACAAGUAAUACAAUUAGUGUGUAAUAUAAAAUGAAAUAAAGUUGUUGUUAACCUUGUGGCCUGUUAUUAACUCAAGCUAAAAUUAUAUAUAAAUAUUAUGUCUUUUUGUUGUUGUUCAGUUGUAUCCAACUAUCUUUCACCCCAUUUGGGGUUAGCAAAGAUACUGGAAUGGUUACCAUUUCCUUCUCCAGCUCAUUUUACAAAUGAGGAACUGAAGCAAACAGGAUUAAAUGACUUGCCCAGGGUCACACUGCUGUCAUAUAGCUAGUAAUUGUCUGAGACCAGGUUUAAACUCAAGAAUAUGAAUCUUCUGACUCCAGACCUGUCAUUCUAUCCACUGUACUGUCAAAUGCUCAGUAUUACAACUAUAUAAUUCCAAAAUAUUCUUAGGGGAAAUUAUUAGAUUCUUAGGAUCAGGUUAGUCAAGGACAAAAUGCUUCACAUGAGAUCUUCAUUUCUGUUUCAGGAGCCUGGUUUCAUGUUUUCAUGUUUCUUGAUAUGUUUGCACUUUUUAAAUUGGAAAAUAUUUUCAUAAUUGCACAAAAGUAUUUUUAGAAUUAUUUUUUCUAGGUCAUAUAUAACAGGAUGUCAGAUUAGAGCAAACUAAGGAUCAUUUAAGUUUAUGACUAGAAAUACUUUUGGAUCAUACUUGAUCAAUCAACUCAAAUUUGCUCAUUCAGUUUUUCAUACAUGCCAUAUAGAGCAGUAUUCUCAGAAGCCAAAGAUUUUACCACUUGCAUUAAGGCAGAAUUCUCACUCUUCUGGAAGGUGGGAGAAUUGGUAAAUAAGAAAUCUAAUUCUUUGCUCCUAGUGGAUAAGAUACAAAGAUCAGUUCACUAGUAAAACUACAUGAUAUUGGUCUUGAGGGUAUGAAAUGCCUCUAGAAUAAAAAGGAAUUAAAGAAACAUUGGAGCAAAACAUAAGACAACCAAGUAAUUUGUAAGCCAUUCCUUAUAUCCAUUGUGGCUUAUUAAAUUUAUCUACAGAAAAAUUAGCCAAAUCAAAUGAGCCUUAAGAGGUUUUUUUUUGGUAUACAAAAGAUGAUGUUCAAGUGAAGAACUCUGUGUUUAUAUUUUUCUCUGUGCCCUAGUCCAAAUAAAUAGUAAUAUGAAACCUGAAACUAACUUAAUAACCAUGCAUUAACGUUUCAUUCUAACAUAUUUGUGUUGCUGAAUUUUUUUCUUUUGGGAUUCUUGAUAAUCGGUUAUUAAUAUGCAUUCAUUAGAUAAAAAAUGAAAUGUUGAAGUAGAUAAAAAUUUCCUACCAAUAAAAAAAGAUGUUAAAUUUAGUUCAACAUAGUUAAAUAUUCCACUUUGUUAUUCAGUAUAAAAAUAAUUGAGAUGUAGAAUAUAAAAGUAUUUGCUUAUAAAAGAAUAUAUUAUUGUGAGAAAUAAUAUGACAUAAAAAUAUAUCAUUUUGCAAUUA